UCUGUGAAAAUACGUCACGGUCGUUUCGAUUUGACGAAAUGUCGGAAGUCCAGCAAUCCUUUCUGAAAAAGAUCUACGAAAAACUGGUUCAAGGUGACCACAAUGACAUAAAACUAGUCUUUCAAGAUGGCUCCGCGACAGGAAGUAGACUUUGUCUGACAGCACUGUCGUCCUAUUUUGAGGCGAUGUUCACGUCUGACAUGUUGGAGAAGAACACUGGAGUGGUCACGUUACCGACAGUGUCUAAACAAACAUUUGAUGAUGUGCUGAAAUUUCAUAUUCUUGAUGAGGACGUCGUCAACGACGUCAACUGUUUUGCAUUGAUUGACCUAGCCGAGAUGAUGCAGCUGGAUGACCUCAAGUCUGCCUGUCUGGGAUAUCUCAACAACAAUCUUACACUGACCACAGAAAACUGCGUUCACAGGUGGAGAUCAUUAAAGAAGUACGGCAUGGAAGAUCUUGCUACAAAGGCUUUUCAGUAUGUAGUGAAAAACGUGGAGAAGCUGUCAGAGAACGGGUCAGAGAUGGAUCUGACAGAAUAUGAAUAUCUCCAGGUGUUGUCUCGGGAUGAUCUGUCACAGAAAGAAGAUGACGUGCUUCGAGAUGUUCAGAAGUGGAUCAGUCAGCACAAUCCUUCAGUUGAAAUUAUGGUCGACCUGUUCACACAAAUCAGAUUUGAGCAUGUUAGCAUCAACUACUUGACAGAUGAUGUUAUUUUUACCACCUUUGUCAAUCAACACAAGGCGUUACAACAAGUAGUUAAGAAGGGUAUCAAAACCCAUUAUUCAUGCUACACAAAAAUAAAUAGUUUUAUCGACAACAGAAUUUCAGGACAAAUGCUUGACGUUGUAUUCGUCCUUCAAAAUUCAGUUGAACUAGUAUCUGUCGCAUGUUUGAGUGAUAAACGCUGGUAUGAACUGCCAGAAUGUUCUAAUCAACCAGGUGAAAUGUUUUCAGCAGCAGUCUAAGGCAAAUCAAUAUGCAUUACUGGAGGAUUUGAAACACUAAAAUCAACGCGUGUAUUUAAUGUAUGGAGAAGGAUGUGGAGUCGUGGUCCAGAUCUCAAACAUGAUCGCUGUGGACACUGUAUGGCUGUUCUAGAUGACACGCUGUACGUGAUUGGAGGACGACACAGUAACACUAUAGAACAGCUGCAGCUGGGACAGGACGAGUGGAAGGUGGUGGGAGAUCUCGGAUGUAGACGACAAAAUGUCUGUGCUGAAGCUGUUGGAGGAAACAUUCUGGUGAUGGGUGGAAAAUUGAAUGGAAGUGUAACAGACCAAGUGCAUUGCUUCAACACAAACACACACGCUGUCAGCACAAUCAACAUAAAGUUGAAAAGUGGAAACCUAACCAGAUCAUAUCUAGAGAUGCCAAACCUGUAUUUGUUACAUUAUGACGGUUCUGUUGACGUCAUUCACAUGGAUGACAUAAACACACCAACAUUAAGAGCCGAACGUGUUGGAAAAUAUUACCAAUACGGUUACCAUUUUGGAUUUGUAUACAAAGAUGGCAGCAUCAUUGUUAUUUCCAAGAAGGGCCUAGAGAAGCUGGACCUCAGAGAUGGUUCUAAAGAAUCCGUUACACUGAAAAAUACACCAUCAUUUGGCGACAUCUAUGGUGCAUUACACAUUACACAUCAACAAGAACAAUAGAAAUAUGUUAUUUCAUGAGUCCUAUCAUGAGGUAUGGUAGAAACAUAAAACGUAUCAUAUCAACGGGUCAAAGUUCGAAGUGCAUCUAAUUUUAAACAGCGCAUUAAGGUUAUGCCUUCCAUUGGCGAUGCAUAAGUCUGUUAUAUAAAAACGUAAUGUAGGCACUAUAUUAUCGUAGUUUGAUUUAAACUGCUAUCAGUGUACCAAGUAUUAGAGAGUUUAGGAUGUGAUCUCCCGCGUAACGCGCUUCAUGCGUCUGACGUGUAUAUAGGUCAGGGGAAUCACUUUGCAUGGGCGUGUGGUUUUCGUUUUUAUACUAGAAGACUAUCCACACGUUGAUACAUUUGUUCCCUCAUCAAAUUGGGUGUACAAAAAUGCACAUAUAAUUACAGCAAAGAAAUAUACAUUAAAAUUCAAGUUUGUUUUGUUCAAUGACACCACUUGAGCACAUUGAUUAAUUAAUCAUUGGCUAUUGGAUGUCAAAAUAACGUAAUUCUAACACGUAAUCAUCAGAGGAAACCCGUUAUAUUUUUUAUAACGCAGCAAGGGAUUUUUGAUAUGCAUUUUUCCACAGACAGUAAAACACAUACAACGGUCUUUGACCAGUUGUGGUACACUGGUUAAAACGAGAAACAAAUGCAAUAAGCUGAAUGGAUCCACCGAGGUGGUUCGAUCCUGCGAUGCAAGCAUCACAAGCCUGCAUUCAUAUAAAAGAUCCCUUGCUGCAUUAGGCAAAAUGUUGCGGGUUUCCUUUGAUGACUACGUGUCAGAAUUGCGAAAUGUUUGACAUCCAAUAGCCGAUGAUUACUUAAUCAAUGUGCUCUAGUGGUGUCGUUUUAAACUUUUACAACCCUCGAUUCCGAGUUUUUCUCACAGGUUUUAUUCACAUGAGCGUUAUUCUUGAAUAAAUUGACGUUAAAACACAUUGAAAAGGGGCAAGCACACCAGAGACUUCAUAUAACAGCCACAUGAUUAGCACUUGGGAUGGCUGUGCUCGACAGCGGCUCUUGUAGACAUUGUAUCGCCAGUAUCACCGUUGAAGUCAAAGCAUCAGUUGCCGUGCUUGUCGACGCUUCAAAGCCAAUGAUACGGCAACAAGAAAGAAAGAAAGAGAUUUUUAUUUAAUGACGCACUCAACACAUUUUAUUUACGGUUAUAUGGCGUCAGACAUAUGGUUAAGGACCACACAGAUUUU